CAGCUAGUUCAGCACUCUCAACAUCCCUUGAGAAAAAACCAACCUUUUCCACCCAUUCCAAAUCUUCUUCGUACACACAACAUCAUGGACGUGAUUACAAGGAUGGUGACUGACAAGCCAGUGGUGAUCUUCAGCCGCAGCUCUUGCUGCAUGUGCCAUUCCAUCAAGUCACUGAUACGUAGUUUUGGAGCCAAUCCUACUGUGUACGAGCUAGAUCAGCUUCCAAACGAGCAGCAGAUAGAGCGCGCGCUGAAGCAGCUGGGUUGCAGCGGUGUGCCAGCCGUGUUCAUAGGGCAGCAGCCCAUUGGUGGCCCUAAUCAGGUCAUGAGCCUCCAGGUCAAGAACCAGCUCGGUACAUUGCUCAAAGAGGCAGGAGCUAUAUGGAUUUGAGUAACUUCCUUAUACUCAAGUCUAAUAAUAUAUAUAUCUAGAGUAAUCUUUUUUGCUGAGCAGUGUAAUAGUAUUAAUUAGGUGCCAUGGAGAGCCACUUUGUACACUGCUUUUGGGGGUUGGGAACUGGGAAGGGGUUGAAUACUGGUUUCCUGUACUAAGGGGCUGAAACUUUGUAUUGUGAGCACUUAAUCUCGUGUAGUAUGUAUUGUCUGAGCUAAAUAAAGGUAUACACUUCAU